CUUUCAUUGCUGGAAUCAGAGGCUCUGCUUCUAUUCUAUUGCGUAGAUUCUCUCCCUUCUGCAGUUCUUGCUAAUUUCUUCCUUUUUUCUGGAUUCUUCUAUGGUUUUGGCGAAAAGGGUUUUGAUUUUUCGCUUCUGGGUUUGGUGAUUUUGGCCGAGAAAAGCUCAUUUAGAGCUGCAGAAGCUUGUUUGUUCAAGAAUCUAUCAGUUUAUUUGAUUUUAUCCAUCACUCUGCCACUGUUUGGAUUCGAAAAAGAUGUCUCAAACCAACUGGGAAGCUGAUAAAAUGUUAGAUGUUUAUAUUCACGAUUAUUUGGUAAAAAGAGAUAUGAAGGCUACUGCUCAGGCUUUCCAAGCAGAGGGAAAAGUGUCUUCGGAGCCUGUGGCGAUCGAUGCGCCUGGAGGCUUUCUUUUCGAAUGGUGGUCGGUUUUCUGGGAUAUAUUCAUUGCUAGAACCAAUGAGAAACACUCUGAUGUUGCUGCAUCUUAUAUUGAGACACAAUUAAUAAAAGCUAGAGAGCAACAGCAACAUCAGCAACAUCAACAGCAGCAGCAGCAGCCGCAAACACAGCCACAACAACAGCAACCGCAACACAUGCAGAUGCUACUGAUGCAGAGACAUGCCCAGCAGCAGCAGCAGCAGCAGCAGCAGCAGCAGCAACAACAACAGCAACAGCAUCAACAGCAACAGCAGCCACAGCAGCAACAACAACAGGCUCAGCAACAGCAACAGCAGCGAAGAGAUGGAGCCCAACUCUUAAAUGGUACUUCAAAUGGUUUUGUUGGAAAUGAUCCUCUUAUGCGCCAAAAUCCCGGUUCCGUGAAUGCAUUGGCCACAAAAAUGUAUGAGGACAGAUUAAAACUGCCCCUUCAGAGGGAUUCACUCGAUGAUGCGGCUAUGAAACAAAGGUAUGGGGAAAAUGUUGGGCAGCUGUUAGAUCCAAAUCAUGCUUCGAUUCUGAAGUCAGCUGCAGCAACCAGCCAGUCAUCAGGGCAAGUGUUACAUGGUACAGCUGGGGGAAUGUCUCCUCAAGUUCAAUCGAGGAGCCAACAAUUGCCAGGUUCCACACCGGAUAUAAAGAGUGAGAUCAACCCAGUUUUGAAUCCUAGAGCUGAGGGAUCACUGAUGGGUAUUCCUGGAUCAAAUCAUGGUGGCAAUAAUUUGACCUUAAAGGGAUGGCCCCUCACUGGACUCGAGCAGCUACGUUCUGGGAUCCUUCAGCAACCGAAACCUUUCAUACAGGCUCCUCAACCUUUUCCUCAGCUUCAGAUGUUGACACCGCAACACCAACAACAACUUAUGCUCGCACAACAGAAUUUAACGUCACCUUCUGUUAACGAUGAUGGUAGAAGAUUGAGAAUGCUUUUGAAUAGUCGAAUGACGAAAGAUGGACUUCCAAAUUCUGUUGGUGAUGUUGUUCCAAAUGUUGGAUCUCCUCUCCAAGCUGGCAGUCCUCUCCUGCCCCGUGGAGACAACAAUGACAUGAUGAUUAAGAUUAAAAUGGCUCAAUUGCAGCAGCAACAACAGCAGCAACAGAAUAGCAGCCAACAACAACUACAGCAUUCUCUUUCAAAUCAACAAUCACAAAGCUCAAACCACAAUAUGCACCAGCAAGAAAAAAUCGGGGGUGCUGGCAGUGUCACCAUGGAUGGUGGCAUGACAAACUCAUUUCGUGGAAAUGAUCAGGUUUCAAAAAAUCAGCCUGGGAGAAAAAGGAAGCAGCCAUUGUCGUCUUCAGGUCCAGCAAAUAGCUCAGGAACAGCGAAUACAGCGGGUCCAUCCCCAAGUUCUGCUCCUUCAACUCCCUCAACUCACACACCUGGAGAUGCAAUCUCAAUGCCUGCUUUGCCUCACAGUGGUAGUUCAUCUAAACCUUUGAUGAUGUUCAGCAGCGACGGCACUGGCACUUUUACAUCCCCCUCGAAUCAGUUGUGGGAUGAUAAAGAAAUUGAAUUGCAGGCUGAUAUGGAACGCUUUGUGGAGGAUGGGUCUCUUGAUGACAAUGUCGACUCUUUUUUAUCCCAUGAUGAUACGGACCCUCGAGAUCCUGUAGGGCGCUGUAUGGAUGGUGGAAAAGGAUUCACAUUUACGGAGGUGAAUUCUGUUCGAGCAAGCACGAGCAAAGUUUCCGCUUGCCACUUUUCAUCGGAUGGAAAACUGCUUGCUAGUGGUGGCCAUGAUAAAAAGGCCGUGUUGUGGUACACAGAAAAUUUAAAACCGAAAACUUCACUUGAAGAACAUCUUUCCAUGAUCACUGAUGUUCGUUUUAGUCCUAGCAUGCCCCGUCUCGCAACAUCAUCGUUUGAUCGAACGGUCAGGGUUUGGGAUGCCGACAAUCAAUGUUAUUCCCUACGUACUUUUACUGGACAUUCUGCAUCUGUUAUGUCUUUGGACUUCCAUCCAAAGAAGGACGACUUUAUUUGCUCGUGUGACGGUGACGGUGAGAUUCGAUACUGGAAUAUUACUAAUGGCAGCUGUGCAGCAGUAUUCAAGGGCGGUACUGGCCAGUUGAGAUUUCAACCUCGGCUUGGGAGAUACUUCGCUGCUGCUGUAGAUAACAUCGUUUCAAUUUUUGAUGUCGAGACACAAGCUCGUCUGCAUUCGUUUCAGGGACACACCAAAACGGUUAAUUCUCUUUGUUGGGAUCCUUCUGGAGAGUUCCUGGCAUCUGUUAGCGAGGAUUCCGUUCGAGUAUGGACACUUGCUUCGGGCAACGAGGGCGAAUCCAUUCACGACUUGAGCUGUAGCGGCAAUAAGUUCCACUCGUGCGUUUUUCAUCCCAUCCAAUCUAGUUUACUGGUCAUUGGAUGUUACCAGUCAUUAGAGCUUUGGAACACGACCGAGAACAAGACAAUGUUCGUAUCAGCUCAUGAAGGUUUAAUAUCUUCGUUAGCAGGGUCUACAGCAUCGGGUCUGGUUGCUUCGGCCAGCCACGACAAGUUCAUCAAGCUGUGGAAGUAAAACAAAGAAAAAAAGACGGAAACCCGAAAACGAAGAAAAGGUAAUCAUCACAUCACACUACUACUAGAAUGAAAAGCUAAAGCAGUGAGUGAUCUGGUACUGGCUUGUUUUUUUAUCAGGACUUGUAAUUUUUUUGUAUGUUUUUUGUUCCUGUUUUGGGUUUAGUAGAAAUAUGAAACUUGAGGUGAAUGUGAUAGGACCCCAAAUUCUGACAUAACUGUUCUUCUUGUAAUUGGACACCCAUCCACCGGUAGAAUGUAUACUAUUUACUCUUCUUCUGCUAUGCCUUUUGUGCUGCUUUAGCCUCAUUAUUGAUGUACUAGAGAGAACAAGAACAUGGCUUAAAGCUUACCAGAAAAAAAAGCAAAAGGGAAGUGAGUUGUGUUUGAUAAAGCUGAAUGUUGAGGAAAAGUGGUUCUAUC